AAAAUAUAAUUAAUGAGCCACGGGCACGCUUGGUUUUGAUCGUGUCAGUGUCGAUUCGUUGCAGGCAUCCGCUCCGUUGUUGUCAGUAGGAGCAAGUACGAGCAAGUACGAGGUAAAAAGACUAGGAUGCGGUGUCGUGUAACAUUAUGGUGUAUCUCGUGGUCACGACUAGGUGAGAAGAUCGUUCAGGUAGCGAACGCGUCUCGUUAAAUGAAAUGCGGUAAAUGCGGUGUUACGCGAGUGCAGGCUAGGCUAACCUAUGUAAGUCGAGGUGUGUUGGUGGGUUUUACGAAGGUAAAGUGUAUAAAAGUGUAUAAAAGUGUAUAAAAGUGCGCGGGACUCGGAUCGAAAGCGAGCACCAACAAGUCCCAGUGGCAAGGGAUAUGCACGCACACGUCAAGAUGUCGUCGGGAGGACAUAGCAGCCGUACUCGAGCCGUACACAUAGGUUCGAUAUUCCAGAAGAUUCACGAUCGUUUUGCUGACCCUAUGACACUGCCGAAACUUUCGACCGACAAGCGAAUGUUGGAUAAAACCUGGAAGCUUAUGGACAAGGUGGUGAAAUUAUGUCAACAUCAACGGAUGAAUCUGAAAAAUUCACCACCUUUCAUACUCGACAUCCUGCCAGAUACAUAUCAACGACUUAGACUGAUAUAUAGCAAGUACGAAGACAGGAUGGAGGUGUUGCACAGUAACGAACACUUUUGUGUAUUCAUCAAUAACCUUAUGAGAAAGUGCAAGCAAGCUAUCAAGUUGUUUAAAGAAGGCAAGGAAAAAAUGUUUGACGAGACUUCUCACUAUCGUAGAAAUCUAACGAAACUAAGCCUGGUAUUUAGCCACAUGCUAUCCGAAUUGAAAGCUAUAUUUCCUAACGGAAUGUUUGCUGGACACAAAUUUCGCAUCACCAAGGCGGAUGCGGCCGAGUUCUGGAAAGAAAGCUUCGGAAUUAGUACAUUAGUACCAUGGAAAGUAUUUAAGGAAAAAUUGAAUCAAGUUCAUCCGAUUAGCUCUGGACUGCAAGCUAUGGCAUUAAAGUCUACGAUAGAUCUCACCUGUAACGACUAUAUUUCCAACUUUGAGUUUGAUGUAUUUACCAGGUUAUUUCAACCAUGGUCCACACUUUUACGUAACUGGAAAAUUCUGGCUGUGACCCAUCCUGGAUACGUAGCUUUCCUUACCUAUGAUGAAGUAAAAGCACGUUUACAAAAGUAUUGUAGUACUAGACCUGGUAGUUAUGUAUUCAGAUUAAGUUGUACAAGAUUAGGGCAAUGGGCUAUCGGUUAUGUCACAUCCGACGGGGAUAUUCUGCAAACUAUACCUCACAAUAAAAGUUUGUGUCAAGCGCUACUCGAUGGAUAUCGGGAAGGAUUUUAUUUAUAUCCUGAUGGCCGUAAUUUAAAUCCUGAUUUAACACAGGCAGUUCAACCUACUCCCGAAGAACAUAUCAAAGUUACAGCAGAACAAUAUGAAUUAUACUGCGAAAUGGGUAGCACAUUCCAGUUAUGUAAAAUUUGUGCAGAAAAUGACAAGGAUGUGAGGAUAGAACCGUGCGGGCACCUCCUUUGUACUCCGUGUCUAACAGCUUGGCAGGUAGAUUCCGAAGGACAAGGUUGUCCGUUUUGUCGAGCUGAGAUUAAAGGAACCGAACAGAUAGUAAUCGAUCCAUUCGAUCCUCGAAGAACACAUCGACCAGGAACACAAUCAACAUCAGCUAGCAAUGCAUCAACUCCCACGCGGGAUCUUGACCCGGACACCGAGGAAAUAAUGGACCUAUGCAAUGGCCAUUCCGGCUUAAUCUGCGACGAUUCGGAUGAAGAAGAAGAAGAAGAAGAAGAAGAAGAAGAUGAAGAAGAUGAAGAAGAAGAAGAAGAAGAAGAAGAAGUAGUAGUAGUAGAAGAAGUAGAAGUAGUAGAAGAAGAAGAAGAAGAUUCCAGUCCAACUAAUUCACCUGCCUUGACACGAAGAAUCGUACCAAGCCCACCGUUACCACCUCGACGACCUUCACCAUCGCCAACGCCAAACGGUCAUACUAGAAAUGGUCGACAUUUGACUGUGCCUAAAGAAAAUGCUCCUCCACCGCCACCGUCAGCAGUUAACGGAUCAUUCAAUUCUACUAUUGACAAUCAACAAAACAAUAAUAUGAACUCCGAAGCAGGAUACGACAUGUUGCAUCGUGCUUCGUCGCCUUCACCAGUGCCACCAAUACCUCUAGCUCCUUUUCCAGUAAGCAGAGCUCAUGCCGGGAUUCGUCGAUCCCAAGGGAAUCAUGUCGCCCCAUCUCAAGCACAGCCACAGCCACAGCCACAGCCACAGCCACCGCCACCGCCAACGUUACCUGAAAAACCAAAUCGUGCCAGUGGUGCAUCGUUCACGAUUCAAACAGCAACCAGCAAUAACGUACCUCCUGUACCUCCUCCUUUGUCAGUGCCACGACCGCCAAAGACAAGCAGCAAAGAGCACAACAGACAGGAUCAUCAUUAUGAGAAUACAAUCGUGAUACCUGGUACGAGACAGCACGUCGUCAGGAACAUUAAUCUGGAAGCGAAUACAGCUCGAUUGUCCGCCCUGAUGAGAGGUAAGGACGAUCCCACCGGUGGUUCCGCGAAGCCAGAAACCGCGGCAUACGAGAAUGUGAACGUCGAACACAUUUCCAAGCUGACGGCUCUCGGAUUCGCGCAAGACGCCGUGAUUAGAGCGCUCGGUAUUACUAGGAACGAUCUUGAAAUGGCUUGUGACAUACUGCACGAAUUUGCCACGAAAUCGUCUUGACCAGGUAUGCGUAAAAUGCAAACCUAACGAUUAUCGAGUAAAAUCCCAUUGUAAAAUCCCUUUGGUAGAAACCCCAAGUCUCUUACUAUACACAGUAGGCCUUUGUUAGAAACGUAUUCAUACGACGAUAAAAUGAUAGUUAGUAGCUUGUGUUUAACACGUUCCGUAAAACAAUUCUAAAACUGAUGACUACCACGGAAGGAACGCGUUAAAGAGACCUACGGAUAUUAGUCAAAUGGUUGUUUCCUUUUUUUUGUUGCAGGCUCGAAUACCGAGGGCUCAUAACUGGCUCUGUUUACCGCAUCUUUUGAUCAACGACCACGCGUAGAAACGUGUAGAAACAGUCUUUAUCGGGAGGUCAGGUCUUCUCGCGAUUCGAGCAAUAUACACUCCGAGAGCCUAUAAGCCGAUGUCGUCCUGUUCAAUUAAUCGGCAAUACCACCCUUCGCUACGUUCGUUAAUCCUAAAUCGGUUUUGCGCACGUUCUCCAACUACCACUGUGUAUUUCUUUCCUUUUAGAUGUACAUGCACUCGCGUGUGCAGUAUAGGCUUUCCUUAGUUCAAAACAAGUGUUGGAGAAGAAAUGUUCCACCACUCGCCUUAUUUCUCUAUCUAUAUUCUUUAUGUACGAGGAUAGAAAGUUUUAGAUUAAGCUUUCCCUGGAUUCUCCCUCGACUAAAAGCAAAUAAUCUCAGGAAAGCCUAUGUUGCACCUGGGUGUAUACCUAUGAACACACACAUUAACACGCAAGACUGCUAAGCGACAAGAUACGUUGAAUGUAAGUAAAGUAUUAAACUUGACUAGAUAGUUCGCAGUCACCGAGUAUAUCAAAUUUCUUUCUCAUGUACCACGCUUUUCACAGUAUACAUACAUAGUUCAGUUCUUUGAUCUUUCUCAAAGAAUAACCACAUUUUUCCAUACAUAUACGAUUACGAACAAUAACGAUAAAGCAUAUAUGUAUAGUUGAUCUUUGAAAUCUUUUUCAAAAACUCGCAUUAGCUUUACAACGAGAGUUUACAAUAGCCAAAUUUAUUGACAGGCUAAUUGUCGCCAACUUUAGUCACCCUACAACGCACAUAGAUGAUGAAUUGUUAAGUAUUUUCAACGACAGUCCCAAAAAGCCCCUAAUUCAAUGGCUUUUUAUUGUAAUAAUUUUCAUUCUAUUUCUUUCUUAUACACAUGUAUACAUACAAGUUCGUUGCCAUGAAUUAUAUCCGAAUUGAUCCUACUUCGCGACUGUAUCAAAGUAGUAAUAGAGUUAUAGAGUGCCGCUUGUUUCAAAGAAGAAGAAGAAAAAAAAGAAGGAACAAUUCUGUACUCUGAACUUUAUAUGUAUAUAUACGUAUAUUUCUGCGAGUAUCGUACCUUGCGAAAUUUUUUUUUUUUUUUUUUUUUUUUUUUUUUUUUUAACUGAGAUUGCACGAAAGUAAUCAUCCAAUAUCCACGAAAAGUGAAUACCUUUAGUCUUCGCAAUAAAAUUCUACGAUAUCAAUUAAGAAGUCAGUAAAGUAAAGCUAUCUCGUUUUUCUACAUUGCCAUAUUUUGAUUGUAAUUAUAUUGUAUUGUAAUUAAACGUUUUCAAUAGGAACGUUUUAAAGAAUCCACCGUCAUCGAGGAGAAAUUUCGGUACCGUUACGUUCUUCGUCGCACAGCUAGCAUUAAGAGUAACCCCAUUUGGUGCAAUAUCUAGGAUAGAGAUUAGAGAUAUCAUUUAUGAUAUAAUUAUUCGCUGUGAAAAUUGUUUUACAUACUUCCCUGAAUAAAAUAACAUCUUCGUUUAUAAGACUGAA